AUGUCCAAAAGCCCUCCUGCUAUGUCCAAAGCCCUGCCCCUAAUCCACUCCCUGACCCGAGCUGUGCGCCUAGCGGGUUCUCAGCCUCUCUUUGCCCCUCCCUCCUUACAGCGCCAUGGGCUGGCUGUGUCUUUAGCGCUCACCACCAUGUGCACGAGCUUGUUGCUUAUGUACGGCAGCAUCGGGAGCGGAGGCAGCGGCGGUGGUGGCGGCAAUGACGGUGCCAGCGGCAGAAGGGCCUUGAAAGAGCAAGUCCAGCAGCAAGCGGCGGCGACCACCCCCCUUCAGAACCCGGAGAACCAGCGGCCCUCGAGUACAGCCUUCCCGCGGCCUUUUCCCGGCCUCGCCGACCGUCUUUUGGAAGGCUACAUCAGCGUCCUGGAUCACAAGCCUUUGAAAAUGCAUUGCACCAGUUGUGCUCUAGUCACAAGCUCUGGACACCUUUUGCGAAGCCAUCAAGGGAAGAAGAUCGAUCAGACGGAGUGUGUAAUACGAAUGAAUGAUGCACCUACACGGGGAUUUGGAAAAGAUGUUGGAAACAAGACAACCUUGCGAGUUAUAGCUCAUUCCAGUAUCCAGAGGAUUUUGCGAAAUCGCAAUGAACUAUUAAAUAUGAGUCACGGAACUGUAUUUAUCUUCUGGGGCCCAAGUAUGUACAUGAGAAGAGAUGGAAAAGGAUUAAUUUAUAAUAAUUUGCAACUGAUGAAUCAAAUACUACCUCAGUUAAAAGUAUAUAUGAUAUCUCGACACAAAAUGCUUCAUUUUGAUGACCUCUUCAAGCAGGAAACUGGGAAAGACAGGAAGAUAUCCAACACUUGGCUAAGCACUGGAUGGUUUACAAUGAGUAUUGCCUUAGAGCUGUGUGACAAAAUAGACGUCUAUGGAAUGGUGCCACCCGAUUUCUGCAGGGAUUCUAAUCAUCCUUCAGUACCUUAUCAUUAUUACGAACCAUUGGGACCCGAUGAAUGUACAAUGUACAUUUCACACGAACGGGGAAGGAAGGGAAGUCAUCAUCGCUUUAUCACAGAGAAACGAGUCUUUGAGAAUUGGGCCCGGACUUUCAAUAUUCACUUUUUUCAGCCAGACUGGAAACCAGAAGCACUUCCUGUCAAUCAUGCAAAGAUUAAACUAGUAUUCUGAGGAAUGAAUGCACAAGGCUGCAAUCACAAUCACCGACUGUAUCAGGUUUCUAAGGAUUGAACAUCAUAUCACAGCAAGCCAAGCUGAAAAAAGGAAGGUUAACAGUGUUUUGGGAUUUUAAAAAAAGAAACCCUGCUACAAUAUUCAGGAAGUUGUUACAAAAAAAUACCGAAAAAAGGUGCUUGGUAUUCAGUAUUUGAUUAAGCAAAUAUUUUCACUUCGGUCUAUUGCAUAUGUAUACGUGAUUUGUUAAAAAGGAAAGAAGACAACACCUUCGGUAUUAAUGAACGUAAUUCAGGAGAUGUGUGAUUCAUUAUGUUUUUAAGGCACAUUGCCACUGGGUUUUCAUAGUGACAUUUAACAGUUACUUAGUGGAAGUUUUUAAUGCAAUCCAGUAUUUUUCUAUUUCACAAUGAUAUGGUUAUUUAUCUUUCAUAAUCACUCAAAAACUGAGGAUUUAUAUUGCCGCUGAUUUAAUGCCCAGUUUCUUGUUUAUAUAUUUUCUCUUUGACCUAUAGGAUAAUUCUAUCUGGCAUGUAAUUAAUAUUUGAUCUGGAAGUUCUGUGUGGUUUGUUUUUUUAAAUUUUGUAUUCUUAGGCAGUGUUCCAGCAUCAAGCCAUUUUGAGAGCAAGCACAUCUUGAUGGGGAGCUCCAGCUGAGAGUGAUGGUUACAGCUAUAAUAUGUGACAUUAGGUGUACAAUUAAGAGUGAGUUAUAUCUGCAGUUCCUUAGCUAUUUUUGGUCUUUUGGUAUUGCUAAAAAAAAUAACCUGGUAGCCCUAAUUCCAUUUGAUCCAAAAAUAAUUUGAGCAAAUCAAUCUCAGAAGCAUCUCAGAAUGUGGUCUCCCACAUGCCUUCUGAGGUACUUAAAUCCUUCAAAACUAUAUUAAGAAAUGUUUGUCUUAGAUGGAUUAGGGGUACUUUACCUAGAAAUCCGUUCAAUUCACUGGACUUUAUCUCCAAGUAGAUGUGAAUAGAGGGGCAGAAUUAAAUGCAAUUAUUUGAGGAUGACAUGGAAAACUAGGAUUGGGUUGCAGUGGAAUCAGCCAAGGCUAACUGAUGCCUCCUCUGAAAAUGGCAAAACCCAGUCAUUUGUAUAUAUUGGUUUAUGGAUACAGAGAGCGAGAGAAAGCAGGCCAUUUGGAAAGAAGAUUGUGAACCAUUCAUGAACAUCCUGUCAUGUUUUCUGGAAUAGGAAACAGACCUUCUGUUCUGAAGUGCAAUGAAUUACAUGGAUAUAAAGCUAGUCCUGUCUGACAUAACAAUAAAAUACACUGGUUUCUUUAAGAUGCCUCGGCACUAUUCCAAUCUAGUGAAUGAUCUUGGGUAGCACUUAAUAGUUCUGUAAAUGGAUCCUCACUUGUUAUGUUCCUUUGUGGGAUUAUACCUAGCUUGUGAAUAAAAAGGAUUUCAUUCAGUGUUAUUUGACCUUGCACAUGGCAUAUCAUUGAAGUCAAACAACUUUUUUAAACUGUCAAAAAUUAAUUGGCCACUUGCACACUUCCAUACACUUAGCAUAGUAAAAUUAUUCCAUGUUUUGAUAAGAGUUGUCAUCUAAAGCUGGAUUCAUUUUAAGGUGUUAUGCAUGGGGAGAAAUAUACAGGAAGAGGGAUUUGGAGGGAAGUGAGUUUUAUCAGUUUGAGAAUUUAUUAAAAAAUAUGUGUUGUGGUGCUUGUGUUUUCAAGUUAUAGAAAAAAAGAAUAAAUUCCCAAGCAAAACAUUGAUUGAGUUGUGAGAGGAAAAACAGCUCAGUCAUUUCCUUCUUUUUUAUUAUGGUGGAAGUAUUUCUCACAAAUACACCUGUUCUUUACUAUUGAAUAAAAUAUUAUGAAUUGAUAAGAAAUUGCACAAUUUUACUAACUUCUCAUGUUUCUUUCCAAACAAUGAUAGCUGAUCUCAAGGAACAGGGAACCCGAGAUCGUCAUACAUUAAAAGAAAAAUGGGUUGCACGUUAAGAGGGCUUCUUGCAUCAUUUAAUUUAAACAUUUCAUGAAAUCUGAUGUACAAAUAAUUAAAUCCAGACUGCAGUGAUUAUCCACAUUUCUCAAGCAAUGAGAAUUAGGCUUGGGCUUCAGCAAUUGUAUAACACUCAUUGGGAGAAUGUUAGCUAUUUGAUCAUUACAUACAAAGGUACUGAUUGUUGAAAGUUAUAACGGCCUGGCCUAUGACCUAGAUAGACAACAUGACUGUUAUAUAGUCCCUGAUAAUUUCCAAUUCUUAU